GUGUGUAUGUAUGUCACGCGCCUACUGUCAAAUCAUGUGAUUGACAAGAGUACUUUUUUCCACAAUAUCUUCAUUUGAGCUCUUGUGACUAAUCGAUAAAACCAUCGAAAAUGGGAGCGAUUCCAGUCAUUUUGAUAACAGCAUUCUGGGGUUUUGUUGGAAUUGCACUACCAAUUCUUGCACCAAAAGGCCCAAAUCGUGGUAUUGUACAAUGCGUUUUGAUGUUGACGGCCGCAACAUGUUGGCUGUUUUGGUUGUGCUGUUUCAUGGCUCAAAUGAAUCCAUUAAUUGGACCGAGAUUGCAUCAAAAUACACUUUUGAUUAUUAGACGUGAAUGGGGUGGCCCUUUAACAGAUGAUUUUAUUAAUUACAAGCCACUAGAACAUGGAGAUGUAAAUGCAUAAAUACAUUCUGUUCAGCACCAAACAUCACUAUCAGACCGGGUGCACAGUAUUAUAUCAAUUGUCUUUUUUUGUGUUUCGGAUCUGAUUUCGGUCCAAACCGUUUUUUUUUUGUUCUUUUGCGUUCACACCAUUACGCAGUUCAUUGUAUCAAAUUCCAAAAUAUUUUAAAAUUGCAUCUACAA